ACUUGGCGAACAAUUGUACAAGAUUGGAGAACACCAGAGUAUAUAUACUCGAAAGCGUUCUUGGUAAUUUCAUCGGCUCUUUUCAAUGGAUUUUCGUUUUUUAAAGCUGAUAGGUCACAACAAGGGUUGCAAAAUCAAAUGUUUUCAAUUUUCAUGUUUUUUGUCCCGUUCAACACCAUGGUUCAGCAGUUGCUUCCUCAAUUCGUGAAACAAAGAGAUGUUUAUGAAGUACGGGAGGCUCCGUCAAGAACGUUUAGUUGGUUUGCUUUUAUAACCGCACAACUUACGGCAGAAAUGCCAUAUCAGAUCGCGGUUGGAACAAUUGCAUUCUUUUGCUGGUAUUACCCUCUAGGAUUAUACGCUAAUGCUGAACCCACUGAUGCAGUUGAUCAAAGAGGUGUCCUUAUGUGGUUAUUCAUCAAUUGUUUCUAUGUUUACACCAGCACCAUGGGUCUUUUAUGUAUUUCAUUUAUUGAACUUGCCGACAAUGCUGCUAAUCUUGCCACACUUUUAUUUACAAUGUGUUUGAACUUUUGUGGUGUUCUCAAGACGGGUGAUGAGUUGCCCCGGUUUUGGAUUUUCAUGUACCGGUGUAAUCCAUUCACCUAUAUGGUGCAAGGUAUGUUAGCUACAGGAUUAGCAAACAACUCAGCUGAAUGUUCGAGUACAGAAUUGCUAACCGUUGAACCACCAAGUGGACAAUCUUGCUCAUCAUACUUGAAAGCUUAUGUUGAACAGGCAGGAGGUUAUAUUGUCGAUACCAAUGGUUGUCAAUAUUGUACAAUUAAGGAUACCAACACUUACUUGGCCUCAGUCAGUGCUAGGUACAGUGAGAGAUGGAGAAACUUUGGACUUGUUAUUUGUUUCAUUGCUAUUAACAUCGUGUUUACAGCUGCCUUGUAUUGGUUAGCAAGAGUUCCAAAAGGAAACAGGGAAAAAGAUAGUAAGAAGAAACUGGAGAAAUGA